CUCCGUACCAGUGCUUGCUGACUGCCUUCCUUUCGCUCGCCCGCCCGCCAUGGAGCUUUUCCAAGCCAAGGAUCACUACAUUUUGCAGCAAGGGGACCGGGCGCUCUGGUGUAGCCGCACCGACGGCAGCCUGCAGCUCCGUCCCGCUACUGAUCUUCUUUUGGCUUGGAAUCCAGUUUGUCUGGGUUUGAUCGAGGGACUUAUUGGCAAAAUUCAGCUUCAUACAGAUUUGCCUUGGUGGUUGCUUCUCAUUCGCCAGAAGGUAGUUGUUGGCAAGCUUCCAGGAGAUCAUGAUGUCUGUAAAAUUAUAAAAAUUGUAGCAAUACCACUUUCAGAAGCAGAACCUCAGGACCUGGAUCUGGAGCCCUGUAAAAAACAUCAUUUUGGAAUAUAUAGAACAGAGAAAAUUACCCAAUCUCCUGAUGAUUCUAAAUUUCUGCUGAGAACCUUCACUCAGAUUAAAACAAAUGUUUCCUCUUCUAAUAAAAAGAAGGUUAAAGAAAGUAAAGAGAAAGAAAGACUGGAGAGGCGUCUACUGGAAGAACUGUUCAAAAUGUUUAUGGAUGCUGAUUCCUUUUAUUAUAGUUUGACUUAUGACUUAACAAACUCUGUGCAAAGGCAAAGUGCAUGUGAGAAGGCUAACUUGCCCCUCUGGAAAAAGGUUGAUGACAGAUUCUUUUGGAAUAAACAUAUGCUAGAAGAUCUGAUAAAUCUUGGUCAAUCUGAAGUGGAUUUUUGGAUUAUCCCAGUCAUCCAGGGAUUUGUGCAAAUUGAAGAACUUGUAGUUAAUUAUAACGAAACAUCAGAUGAAGAGAAAAGCAGUCCUGAAACACCAUCUCAGGAGCCUGUUUGUGUAGAUUACAUUCACCCAAGUUUUCUUGUGGCGCUUAUCUCACGGAGAAGCCGCCACAGAGCAGGGAUGCGUUACAAACGAAGAGGAGUGGAUAAAAAUGGGAAUGUAGCGAAUUAUGUAGAGACGGAACAGUUGAUCCAUGUUCAUAAUCACACUCUAUCUUUUGUUCAGACAAGAGGCUCUGUGCCUGUUUUCUGGAGUCAGGUUGGUUAUAGAUACAACCCACGGCCACGUCUGGAUAAGUGUGAGAAGGAAACUGUAACUUACUUCUGUGCACAUUUUGAAGAACAGUUAAACAUUUAUAAAAAACAGAUUAUCAUUAACUUGGUGGACCAGGCUGGACGAGAAAAAAUUAUUGGUGAUGCUUACCUUAAACAAGUUCUAUUAUACAAUAAUCCAAGCCUUACAUACGUUUCAUUUGAUUUCCAUGAACAUUGCCGUGGAAUGAAGUUUGAAAAUGUUCAGACCCUUACAGAUGCCAUUUCAGAUAUAAUCACCGAUGUAAAGUGGUGCUGGGUGGACCAAGCUGGUGUGAUUUGUAAACAGGAAGGAAUUUUCCGCGUUAACUGUAUGGAUUGUCUGGAUCGAACCAAUGUUGUCCAAGCAGCUAUUGCUCGUGUCAUUAUGGAACAGCAGCUGAAAAAAUUAGGUGUGAUGCCCCCAGAACAGGCAUUGCCGGUGAAGUGCAAUAGAAUUUACCAGAUCAUAUGGGCUAACAACGGUGAUGCCAUAAGCAGGCAAUAUGCUGGAACAGCAGCUUUAAAGGGUGACUUCACAAGGACUGGUGAAAGGAAGCUGGCAGGAGUUAUGAAAGAUGGUGUUAACUCUGCAAAUAGAUACUACUUAAACCGCUUCAGAGAUGCUUAUAGGCAAGCAGUCAUAGAUUUAAUGCAGGGUAUUCCUGUGACAGAAGAUCUCUAUUCCAUAUUUACAAAAGAAAAAGAGCAUGAAGCCUUGCACAAGGAAAAUUUGAGGAGUCAUCAGGAAUUGAUUAGCCAAUUAUUGCAAAGUUACAUGAAAUUGCUUUUACCAGAUGAUGAAAAAUUUCAUGGUGGUUGGGCACUGAUUGACUGUGACCCUAGCCUUAUUGAUGCUACUCAUAGAGAUGUGGAUGUUCUUCUUUUACUUUCUAACUCUGCAUACUACGUAGCCUAUUAUGAUGAUGAAAUAGAUAAAGUCAAUCAGUAUCAAAGGCUGAGCCUUGAAAAUUUGGAGAAGAUAGAAAUAGGACCUGAACCAACAUUCUUUGGAAAGCCCAAAUUCUCAUGCAUGAGGCUUCAUUAUAAAUACAAAGACACAAGUGGGUAUUUCCAUACGCUUAGAGCUGUGGUGCGCAGCCCUGAAGAGGAUGGAAAAGACACUCUUCAGUGCAUUGCAGAAAUGCUGCGAAUCACCAAGCAAGCCAUGGGAUUGGAUGUCCCCAUUAUUGAGAAAAAACUGGAGAGGAAGAGCAGCAAACCUCAUGAGGACAUCAUUGGGAUCAGAUCCCAGAAUAGAGGUUCUUUAGUCCAGGGGAAGAAUUACUUAAUGAGCAAGUUUUCAUCUCUUAAUCAAAAAGUGAAACAAACCAAAUCCAAUGUAAAUAUCAGCAACCUUAGAAAACUGGGAAACUUUACAAAGCCUGAAAUGAAAGUCAACUUCUUAAAGCCCAAUCUGAAAGUAAAUCUUUGGAAAUCUGACAGUAGUCUUGAAACCAUGGAAAAUGCCAUGACUGAUAACAAUACCAAUGUAGAAUCGGACAUUGAGAUCUCUUCUGAUAAUGACUCAUUCCAUUCAGAUGACUUCCUGACAAAUUCCAGAUCUGAUGAUGACCAGCAAUUCAUGGACUCUUUAGAGAAUGGACGGAUAGAUUAUGUCUUACCUAGUUGUGGUAUCAUUGCCUCUGCUCCUCGGUUAAAUAGCCGAUCCCAAUCUGUGAGCAGCACUGAUAUCAAUAUUAGCAUUCCUGUUCCUUCAGAAAUCCACGUUGCACAAUCUGGAGACCAAAUGAAUAGUGAACCUGAAGGCAAAGCAUCUCAAGAAGCUCUUUCUGCUGAGAAUACAGCAGUGGACGUCACUAAACAGAUUGAUGUUUACUGUCACAGAUUUGUCCAGGAUGCUGAAAUUAAGAUGAACAGUGUUUCAGAACAUGAGAGGAGUUCUCAAGAACUCCAAGAAGAAGCACAUUAUAUUACCAAUAAUGCUCCUAAGACAAGUGAUUAUUGUUUGGGAACUAAUACAGCUCCUUCUAGACCAUCUAAACUGGAUGUAUCGUUUUCAGAGACAGGACCACAAUUCUUAGUGGUUGAACAGAUGAAUUUAUUUAAGUCUCAUAAAAGCCCAGGCUCCUCAUCUAUUGUUCUUGAAGCUGAACCAGGGUUUCAUGUGACCCCUUCACCAGCAGAGAAUAACGGUAGCAGGGCAGUCUCUCCCUUUGCGAAGAUACGCAAUUCGAUGGCACAGGUAGCUAAUAUUACACAAGCUGGCUUGACCCAAGGAAUCAACUUUGCUGUGGCUAAAGUCCAAAAGAGCCCAGCUGAACCAGAAACUAUAAAUGAAAUUCAACAAAAUGAAUUGAAAGAAAUGUUUACACAGUGUCAAACACGAAUAAUUCAGAUUUAGAGCUCAAGAUUCAGUUGUAUAUACUAUUCAGCAAAUACUGUGUGUAACAUAACUUCUAGGGAAGAAAGGCGAACUGCCACUGAGUAUUGGUAUUAAGAAUACCAGUAACUAUGUUUACAGAAAACUGAUGGAGAAAUUAGUUAUGUUUUGAGCAGGUUUCAGAACUGUUUUUGUAGUGAGUGAGUGAUGGUAAAUGAUACUAAACAGGUAACUCACACACCAAUGGUUGACAUGCAUGCUGUUCGUUUAGGUGAUCGGUUGCAGAGUUAUCUUUUGGGAUAUGUUUUUAUAGGUCUUCAGAUUUGUGUCGAAUAUUUAUAUUAAAGGUCUGGUACUAAACACCUGUUACCUUAUUAAUCUUGCACUGUACUGGUGAAUAUUUUACUCACAGAUGGCAUUCUCUUUAUUUUUUCCAGACUUUUUUAAUUUAAUUUUUUAAAAUGUGUGUUCCUUGAACAAGUUUCAUUCCUACGGAAAUGGUCACUGCAGAGGGAGCAUUUAAAGAAAUAUGCUUAGGCAUUUAUUCUCCCUUUUCCUUCACCAGUUCCUUGCUUAUUUCUACCUCUGUUGAUUUAGUAGCUAUGGUAUUUAGAAAUGUAAUAUGUUAAAGCUUUCAGGGCAGCUGCUUAAAGGGCUUUUCUAGCUGAAAGAAAAAUUAAUCCUUGUUUAAAUAUAAAAUCAGUGUGUCUAGAAACCAUAAUGCAUUAUUUUCCAAGUAACUAGUUCCAUGCUCUUAGGGCAUAAUCUUUUCUAGAUCAAAGCAAAAUUCUUAAGCUUCAAUAUCAAAUACUGAAUAUAAAUGUAUUCAUAUGAGGAGACAUUACCUAAAUAUAUGCAAGAAAUCGUAUUAAAUAAUAUAACUGACAACAUACUCAUCCAUAACACCAUACUACUGUCUAAAAUCUUAUCAAAAGUCAUAGUAGCUACAAUCUUGACAUCAGUUGCAUUUAAAUACUAGCUCAUUUCUUAGAAGCAUGCUGUUGUUGCCCAGAACAGUCUUAUGAUGGAUUAACUUUAAUGUAGCAGCAGACACAACACUGAAUGCAAUCUUGUCCUUCAUAGCCUCUGUCCUUAUUCUAGAACUUGGGUUUCUGUUAGUACACGUGUACUAUAGCUAGAUUGCAUGUAGUGAUCUGAGCAGUUAAUGAGUCAAUUAUAACAUGUCUGAGUGUCUCUACUAUAUCAGAAGUGGUAACUUACUUAAACUGUCUUUUGUGUGAUACUUUUGUACUGUUUGUAUUUUGUUAUUUAUUUCUUAAUACUUUAAUGUGUGUUCUUUUGAGAGUACCUAUACAUUUCAGUAUAUUUAAAAUAAAACUAUUGUUUUAAUGUGGGAAA